AUGACCGACUUGAGCGACGACGCGUACGCGCCCGGCUUGAGCGAGCGAGAGCAGCGACAGCGAGCGUCCAACCUCUCCGAGUCUCCGGCCCGCGGCUCUCUCUCGGGCGGUGGCGACGCGCGCUCCCUCUCGGAGGCAGAGGAGGGCUACGGACGGGCGGACUUCGGCGACUCCGGCGCCGCGCCAGGCCCCAACAUCGACAUGCAGUCGGGGCUCACGGCGGGGUCGCACACGGCAGGGGUCACGGGGCCGCUGUGGAGCGACGUGGUCAGGGGGACGACGAGACACAAAUGGGACAAGCGCCAGCGGAUCAAGGAUCAGCACGGCGAGCGCGAGAUUGAAUUCGCCGACGUGGAUGAUCAUAACGUGGUGACAAAGACCGUCAUGGGAGCGCGGGUGCGGCAGCAGGCGGGGGUGCCACACGGAGCGCACCACGAGAGGAUCAUGCGGGGCGAGGCGGGGAGGGAGACCCCGGGCGCCGCCACAAGGAGCGACCUCAGGGGCUGCCUCGUCUGUAAGGCCGCGAGGGACGCGGCGAGGAGGGCAGCACUAAAGCGGGACCCGCUGUGUCCGAUCGUGCGGAAAGCCGCGCAGCAAUGGACCGAGGAAGAUGAGAACCCGCCUAGAGCGACAAUGGCGCACGUGCUUAGCGGCGCCUGCCUGGGGAAUAGGGAGCAGGCCAGAUGGUUCCUCAGAGUAGCGCGAGCGCAGACAGGGACGGCGAUCAGCAAAGUGGCACAGGCGGCACCCGACUCCAAGGAGACGCUGAAGACGCUGAGGAUGGCGCAUGUCGCUGCGCUGAAGGGCUCACGCUACAGGGUGCUGGAUGAGGACGGGUACGAUACACUGGCCCCCGCAGUCGGGGGGGUGUUGCCAGCACUGGUAGAUGACCUCUCGGAGAAGAGCCGAAGGGACCUUGGCACCGGGGUCACGAGGAACUUGCAAGUCGUGGCCGAGGCGGCGACGGGAGCGGUGCAGAGGUGGAUACAGCUCAAUGAUGAAGCAACGGCGCGCAUAAUGAAGAGAGAGGAACACAUCGAGUGGCUGAGGAAGCUCUUCGCUGGGUGGAAGGAGGCCCGCCCGGUCUUGAGGGAGUCGCGGAGGAGGAGGGAUAACGGAGGCAACGUGCAGACAGGCCAACAGCCAGUGGGACGAACGAGGGCCACGACGGCGGCUCAAGCGGGAGGGAGCGGAGACGGUGGGCAGAGAGCGAAGUGGGUGAGACUGAUGAUGCUCCUUCGACUUCGGGAGCGGUUCCGCUGCUGGGCGAGCUUCAGGAUGGUGCUCACGCGAAAAGGAAUCGACGCGAUGUACAAAGCAUACAAGAACCUUAGUGGCCUAGAGAACACAACCCCCCUCUCUCUUUUCUCCCAGUAA